UAGCUGUCCCGCAGUAUGACCCAGUCGGUGAUCGUACAGGUCGGCCAGUGCGGAAACCAGAUCGGCUGCUGCUUUUGGGACUUGGCGCUGAGGGAGCACGCCGCGGUCAACCAGAAAGCAAUUUAUGAUGAGGCAAUAAGCAGCUUCUUUAGAAAUGUGGAUACCAGAGUUGGUGAUGGUGGCAAUAUUUCCAAGGGGAAAAUUUGUUCUUUAAAAGCACGAGCUGUCUUGAUUGACAUGGAAGAAGGGGUAGUAAAUGAAAUUCUGCAGGGACCUUUGAGAGAUGUAUUUGAUAGCAAGCAGCUCAUCACUGAUAUUUCUGGCUCAGGGAAUAAUUGGGCUGUGGGGCACAAAGUUUUUGGCAGUCUUUACCAAGAACAGAUUUUAGAGAAACUCAGAAAGUCGGCAGAGCACUGUGAUUGUUUGCAGUGCUUUUUUAUAAUACAUUCCAUGGGAGGAGGAACAGGAUCUGGACUUGGCACAUUUCUUUUAAAGGUGCUAGAGGAUGAAUUCCCAGAAGUAUACAGAUUUGUGACUUCAAUUUAUCCUUCUGGUGAGGAUGAUGUCAUAACUUCACCUUAUAAUAGCAUCUUGGCAAUGAAGGAACUCAAUGAGCAUGCAGACUGUGUGUUGCCCAUUGACAACCAAUCUCUAUUUGACAUCAUUAGCAAAAUUGACCUCAUGGUGAAUUCUGGAAAGUUGGGUACAACUGUGAAGCCAAAGAGUCUGGUUACUUCAGGUGCUGGGGCUUUUAAAAAACGACAGGAAAAGCCCUUUGAUGCAAUGAACAACAUUGUGGCAAAUUUGCUGCUUAACCUAACAAGCUCUGCGAGGUUUGAAGGAUCUCUUAAUAUGGACCUUAAUGAAAUCAGCAUGAAUUUAGUUCCUUUUCCUCGGCUGCAUUAUCUUGUGUCAAGCCUAACACCUCUGUAUACAUUGGCAGAUGUUAACAUUCCUCCUCGAAGGUUGGAUCAAAUGUUUUCAGAUGCCUUUAGUAAAGAUUACCAGCUAAUUCGGGCUGACCCCAAACACAGUCUCUACCUCGCAUGUGCCCUCAUGGUUAGAGGAAAUGUCCAGAUUUCAGAUCUUCGCAGAAAUAUUGAAAGAUUAAAACCUUCUCUACAGUUUGUCUCCUGGAAUCAAGAAGGCUGGAAGACCAGCCUGUGCUCAGUACCCCCAGUGGGCCACUGCCAUUCAUUACUAGCUUUAGCAAAUAACACAUGUGUGAAACCUACCUUCAUGGAACUGAGAGAGCGAUUCAUGAGGCUCUACAAGAAAAAGGCUCAUCUGCAUCACUAUCUGCAAAUUGAAGGGAUGGAGGAAAGCUGUUUCACGGAAGCUGUGUCAUCUUUAUCAGCACUCGUACAGGAAUAUAACCAUCUGGAUGCCACGAAGAGCAUGCCUGUGGAAGAUUUGCCUAGACUGAGGGUAGCUGUGUAA